GGUCAAAGCCGUGUGUUAAAUAAUCAAAAUAAACAAUAGGAAAAAAAAACAUUUUUAUUCCGAUUGACUGGCAAGUAUAUCCCAAUGAAAUGACCAAACCACCAAACAUCUCCCACUUUAAACAAUUAUAAUUUCUUCCUACUCUUCAUUCUCAUCCACAAAGAAUUACUCAGAAACAUGGCUCUCACAAAAAUCGCCUCAGUUUUUCUCAUCUACCUCUUCAGUUUCUACUCACAGACUGCCAAGUCGCAGUUCUGCGGCUGCUCUCCGAUCCUCUGCUGCAGUCAGUCUGGUUAUUGCGGUAUUACCGACCAACACUGUGGUUCCGGUUGCAAAUCAGGUCCUUGCAGACAAAGUAGAGAUCCGGUUGACAAGAUUGUGACACAACAAUUCUUUAACGGAAUUAUUGACACCCGUAAUGGCUGCGCCGGAAAAGGAUUCUAUACCCGUGACUCUUUCCUUCAAGCCGCUAUAACUACCUUUGACUUCACUAGCUCUGUUACCGUGCUCGAGAUCGCUAGCAUGUUUGCUCAUUUCACCCACGAGACCGAACGUUUCUGCAACAUAGAGGAGGUAAACGGGACGUCGAGUGACUACUGCGACAAGAACAACAGCCUAUACCCAUGUGCACCGGGCAAGAGCUACUUUGGUCGUGGCCCGAUCCAAUUAUCAUGGAACUAUAACUACGGUACUUGUGGUCAGAGUCUCGGUCUCGACCUUCUACGCCAGCCGGAACUAGUUGGUAGCAACUCAACUGUGGCUUUCCAGACGGGGUUGUGGUUUUGGAUGAAUAGCGUAAGGCCGGUCCUGGACCAAGGAUUUGGAGCCACCAUUAGAGCCAUCAAUGCUAUGGAGUGUAAUGGUGGGAAUUUGGGUGCGGUCAAUGCAAGGGUUAGGUAAUACACAGACUAUUGUACACAGCUAGGUGUGGACCCUGGCUUUAACCUUAGGUGCUAAAAUGCUCUUUAGACGCACAUUUGACGUGACAUGGCACGUAAGUGUUAAAAUGUGUAAUGAGAAGUGAGAUGAUAAAAUUAAUCUCCUUGGUAUU